CGGCGGCGGCGGCAGCGGCAGCGUCUGCGGCUCCAGCCGCGCGCCGGCUCGCUCACUCUCUCGCGGUGCGCGGUGCCCGCCGCCCGCCGCCCGGCUCUGGGCUGCCCGCUCGCUGCUCCGGCUGCUGGUCCGGCGCGGCUCAGGCUCCGGAGGACAGGACCGCGACUGGCCGACUGAGCCCCGGGCGGGCCGCGAAGCAGGGCCCAGGAUGGUGCUCUCGGUGGCAGGGAUCCUUGUCUGCUCCCUCCUGCAAACCGUCCUCUCCCUCAACCCCGAGGACCCCAACGUGUGCAGCCACUGGGAGAGCUAUGCCGUGACCGUGCAGGAAUCGUACGCACACCCCUUUGAUCAGAUCUACUACACGCGAUGCACAGACAUCCUCAACUGGUUCAAGUGUACCAGGCAUCGGAUCAGUUAUAAGACAGCAUAUCGGCGUGGGCUCCGGACCAUGUACCGGCGGAGGUCCCAGUGCUGUCCUGGCUACUACGAAAGCGGAGACUUCUGCAUACCCCUGUGUACAGAGGAGUGUGUGCACGGCCGCUGUGUUUCCCCGGACACCUGCCACUGUGAGCCCGGCUGGGGAGGGCCCGACUGCUCCAGCGGCUGCGACAGCGACCACUGGGGCCCCCAUUGCAGCAACCGGUGCCAAUGCCAAAACGGAGCCCUGUGCAACCCCAUCACCGGCGCCUGCGUGUGUGCCGCCGGCUUCCGAGGCUGGCGCUGCGAGGAGCUCUGCGCGCCUGGCACCCAUGGCAAGGGCUGCCAGCUGCCGUGCCAGUGCCGCCACGGCACCAGCUGCGAUCCCCGCACCGGCGAGUGCCUCUGCUCGCCCGGCUAUACUGGCGUCUACUGCGAGGAGCUUUGCCCACCUGGGAGCCACGGGGCUCACUGUGAGCUGCGCUGCCCCUGCCAGAAUGGGGGUACCUGCCACCACAUCACUGGCGAGUGUGCCUGCCCCCCAGGCUGGAUGGGAGCAGUGUGUGCCCAGCCCUGCCCACCAGGGACAUUCGGCCAGAAUUGCAGCCAGGACUGUCCUUGCCACCAUGGAGGGCAGUGUGACCACGUGACUGGGCAGUGCCACUGCACAGCCGGAUACAUGGGGGACAGGUGCCAAGAGGAAAGCCCCUUCGGGACCUUUGGCUUCCAGUGCUCCCUGCGCUGUGACUGCCACAAUGGGGGUCAGUGUUCACCCACUACCGGUGCCUGCAAGUGUGAACCUGGCUACAAAGGCCCCCGCUGCCAGGAGCGGCUGUGCCCCGAAGGCCUGCACGGCCCAGGCUGCAGCUUGCCCUGCCCCUGUGAUGCCGACAACACCAUCAGCUGCCACCCAGUAACUGGAGCUUGCACCUGCCAGCCAGGGUGGUCUGGCCACCACUGCAAUGAAUCCUGCCCUGCUGGCUACUAUGGCGAUGGCUGCCAGCUGCCUUGCACCUGUCAGAACGGCGCCAACUGCCACAGCGUCACUGGGAGCUGCACCUGUGCCCCAGGCUUCAUGGGGGAGGUCUGUGCAGUUCCCUGUGCAGCAGGGACCUACGGCCCCAACUGCUCAUCCAUCUGUAGCUGUAACAGCGGUGGCACCUGCUCCCCAGUAGAUGGCUCCUGCACCUGCAAGGAGGGGUGGCAGGGCCUCGACUGCACCCUGCCGUGUCCCAGUGGGACGUGGGGCCUGAACUGCAACGAGAGCUGCACCUGUGCCAAUGGAGCGGCCUGCAGCCCCACCGAUGGUUCCUGCUUCUGCACCCCUGGCUGGCUGGGGGACAACUGCGAACUGCCCUGCCCGGAUGGCACAUUUGGGCUGAACUGCAGUGAGCGUUGUGACUGCAGCCACGCCGAUGGCUGCGAUCCCGUCACAGGCCACUGCUGCUGCCUAGCCGGAUGGACAGGCAUCCACUGUGACAGCACGUGUCCGCCCGGUCACUGGGGCCCCAACUGCUCUGUGUCCUGCAGCUGCGAGAACGGCGGUUCCUGCUCCCCAGAGGAUGGGAGCUGCGAGUGUGCCCCGGGCUUCCGAGGACCCUUAUGCCAGAGAAUCUGCGCCCCUGGGUUCUAUGGCCACAGCUGCGCCCAGCCGUGCCCCCUCUGCGUGCACAGCAGCGGGCCCUGCCAUCACGCCAGCGGCAUCUGUGAGUGCCUCCCCGGAUUCUCCGGAACCCUCUGCAACCAAGUGUGUGCUGGAGGGCACUUUGGGCAGGACUGUGCCCAGCUCUGCUCCUGUGCCAACAACGGGACCUGCAGCCCCAUCGAUGGCUCCUGUCAGUGCUUCCCUGGAUGGAUUGGCAAGGACUGCUCACAGGCUUGCCCACCUGGGUUCUGGGGCCCCGCCUGCUUCCACACAUGCAGCUGCCACAACGGGGCGAGCUGUAGCGCCGAGGAUGGGGCCUGCCACUGCACCCCUGGUUGGACCGGACUCUUCUGCACGCAGCGCUGCCCAGCAGCGUUUUAUGGGAAGGACUGCGGGCAUGUGUGCCAGUGUCAGAAUGGUGCCAGCUGUGACCACAUCAGCGGCAAGUGUACCUGCCGCACGGGCUUCACCGGGCGACACUGUGAGCAGAGAUGUGCCCCAGGAACCUUUGGCUAUGGGUGUCAGCAGCUAUGUGAGUGCAUGAACAAUGCCACCUGUGACCAUGUCACAGGCACCUGCUAUUGCAGCUCUGGAUUCAAAGGGAUCAGGUGUGACCAAGCUGCCCUCAUGAUGGAGGAGCUAAAUCCCUACACCAAGAUCAGCCCAGCACUGGGUGCAGAGCGGCACUCGGUGGGUGCUGUCACAGGCAUCGUCCUCCUGUUGUUCCUCAUUGUGGUGCUGCUGGGCCUGUUCGCCUGGCACCGGCGGCGGCAGAAAGAGAAGGGCCGAGACCUGGCUCCCCGCGUCUCCUACACACCUGCCAUGAGGAUGACCAGCACUGACUACUCCCUCUCAGGUGCUUGUGGAAUGGAUAGACGUCAGAACACAUACAUUAUGGACAAAGGCUUCAAAGAUUACAUGAAAGAAUCCGUAUGCAGUUCUAGCACUUGUUCCUUGAAUAGCAGUGAAAACCCUUAUGCCACAAUUAAGGACCUACCCAUCCUCACCUGCACGCUUCCAGAAAGCAGCUAUGUAGAAAUGAAGUCGCCUGUGCACACGGGGUCUCCAUACACAGAUGUGCCAUCCUUGUCGACAUCUAAUAAAAAUAUAUAUGAAGUUGAGCCCACAGUCAGUGUGGUCCAAGAAGGCCGUGGUUGUAACUCCAGCUAUAUCCAGAAUCCAUACGACCUACCUAGGAACAGCCAUAUUCCUGGUCAUUAUAACCUCCUCCCAGUAAGACAGAGCCCUGCCAAUGGGCCGUCCCAGGACAAGCAGUCUUGAGGGUUAAGCCUCUCUCUUGCAAUGCGCUCUGCUGAAUAUUCUCUGACUCUCUGAAAGAAGACAAUCCCUUGACUUGAAAUAAUGGUACAGACUGACUCCAGCUGCGUGUCAGUUAUAACGUUCACCUGGAACUAAAGAAGAGCUUCCAAGUGGGACUGGGGUAACUGUUCAAAAGGUCCGUUCUCAAAAGCAAAUUCUACCGCCCACCCACCCCCAACCCCAAAUGCCACGGAUUAUAUAAUCUUUUAAAACAUUUAAGAUAAAGCUACUCAUCAACAUCAGCUAAAUAUAUACAUAUUAAUAUUUAUAUAUUAAAUUAUCUGAAACAUGAUGCUUAGAAAGCAUGUAGAAUAGGUUUUACCAACUUUCCUAGGAGUAAAGGGGACUGGGGAGGAGAGGGGAUUACUUUAAAGCACCUGAAAUGUAUAUGUGCUUUUGGUUCCUGUUACCAUCACUUAUCUGUUUUAUUACCUAAGAUAAUUAGUACAUAGACACAAACUGUGCUAAUAUCAAUCCUAAAGUACCUGUACAUAUAUGUCAGGUCAAUCAAAUUAUAACUGCCAAGAUUACAGAGUUUAGUAUACAGUCUAAUGCUGACAACUUCAAUUUUUUAAAAUAAGACUUUAAUGAAUACAAAUUAACUUUCCCUCUUCUGCCCCUGCUGGUAGUAGGAGGAAAAAAAAGUUUCCAAAGUGCCACAGCCUCUUUCAAUCAAACAAUGAUUUCUAGGCCAGCUUUACAAAAUCUUGCCAAUUCAAAGUUCAAGAACAUUGCAAGCCAGUCCUGGCCUUGUCAUAUCUCCUGAGUCCAUCCAACACCUCAGUUAUUGCAUGUGAAAUGGAACUCUGAGAUGAUGCCUUUAAGCAAGCAGUCAUAGACUGGUAAGAAUUAAACAUCCCUAAAGAUGGUUAUUCGGCCUCCCGAAUUUAUUUGGUUGGCAUUCCUUGACUCAGAAGAGUCCAUGCUGUCAAGCAUAUCUUCAUAAAUCUUGAGCUUGAUGUAGUAUGGAACCUAAAAGUGUAGAGGAAAUUAGACAAAAGUGGAUAUAGGAAGUUUAAGUUGUUUUAAGUACAUUAUGCUUUUUGAUGGAACUAAAUGAAAUGAUCAAAGAAGAAUGGACUGUAAUCAAUUGCUGUAACAUGAUGUAAAAACUUAACAUGUAAGUAUAUGAAGUACUUCUACCUUCUAAGCACCACCUACUGACAUGGCCAAAAAUGUAUUACAAUGAGCCAAUGCUACAGAUCCCAGUAUUCAGGUGUAACUAUACUUCCACUCUAAUGAAUGUAAGUAAACUGGGGCUCGGAUGGGUCAAAAAGGAGCCUCUCCCAAGCCCUAAAGAGGACCUCCUCACAAGAAUUAAAGACCAAAAGGGCAAAGCAGGGAAACUAAUGACCACCCUAUACCAACUCCAUUCUCUGAUUAACAGUCCAGGCAGUAAAAAAAAUACUUCCAAAAAGGUAUACAGAGGAGGAACUAAGUGACUGUAAAUGACUGCAAAGCUGGAACAGCUGCUACAGGAAAUGUGGGAGUUCUGAAGCCCUUGAUACACACUGGAAGUCUGCCAUGGAACCCAUUAGUUUGGGCAAUAACCAGCAAAAGCAAGAAAAUAAAUAAAUGAGUAAAUCCUCCCUCCCCCACUUCACUCAAGGCUUAAGCAAAUUUUAUCGUUAGGGGAAAAUAUAAUACUUACAUGAAUGCUGCAUGUAUGCAUGGGAGCAAGUGAUCAGCAAUAGCGAAUUUACUUUCAAAAAAAGCCUUAUUAAAAUAUAAAUACUAGAAAAUUACUUUGUAGACCCAAGUAAAUAUUUCUCAUACAUAUGUAGGAAGAAAUAGAGAUAAGAGACUUACCUCACUAUUUCAGGGCAGCAAGUGCUCAAAUAUCUUUCUCAAGUAAGGAUCAAGAAGCAUGGUGAAGUCAGAUCAGCAAGGAGAAACUUCGUCUCAAUCCCAGGUUUUAUUUUCUUCCCUUAGCCUGCAGGUACAAUAACUGCUGCCUGGCAAACUGCAAACAAGCACUCAAGUUUCGUUUCACCUCUUUUUUGCCAAGUAUCUUCUGGCAAAAUUCAGCAAGAGGUGGCAUGGUGGAAUUGCUAAAGCACUGGGUCGAGAUUUGAGUGUUACUUGUCCUCUCUGGGUUCCUUUUUUCCCCAUGUAUUGAAAAAAAGGUAGAAGCAGAGAAAGGUAAGGGAGCUCUGACAACCCUUCAGCUCUAGCAUUCUGUGAUUUUUAAAGAAAUGUAAUACAACUCAAAUCAGGCAAUACAGUGAAGAAGGGAAAGGCAGAGGGUGUGAUUAAUCUAUUGUGACAACAGCUGCCUUCACUUAUCUAAGAGUUACUGGUAAAAGACAUUCCAAUCUAACAGAGCACCUACUAGGAACUUCUGUCUAGCACUGUCACAAAUAGGUUCAUGGUCAACCUAAACAUGUGCACUGUGCAUUUUAUUGGCAACAUGGAAAAGUCUGUUCAAUUAUUUUACAGAAGUUAAGUUUUUACUCAAAGUGAUGUGCAUACAAUUCAAAUGAAUAAGAAAAACACAAUUACUGUACAACAGCAUAAGUGCAACUAUGAAAUGGCAAUACUUUUUUAAACACCCCAGAUUUGUAAUAUAUUUGUUCACUGUGCAGAGGGAUCGUACCUUGUACAAAAUAAAAUGAAUUUCUCAAACUAAUUUAACAAGAAUGCCCACUGUUGUGUUGCAAACUGAAAAUGUGUCUAUAAUCUACACCUUAGGUUUAAAUGUAGAACUAACCUACAUUUUGCGUGGUCACUCUAGACAGCAAGAAAAGUGAAAAUCAUCCCAAUACAUGUUUGAAAAUAAAGUGAAAAGGUUCUAUCAAAUUUAUAACAAGAGAGUCUCUUCCUUUAAAGUAAUGAAUGGGAGCAACACAUUCUUAUUCAUGUACAAAAAUUAUUGAAAUAUCUCACACACAUCAGUAUACUCAAAUAGAGAAUUUCUCUGCUUUCACAAAGAUCUGGACUCAAAGACAACUAUUACAACUUGUGCUCAGCUCCAGAGACACAAAGGUACUUCUAUGGAAAGGAAUAAAGGCAAGUGUAAGGGCCACCUAAUUAGCAUAAGUGCAAUGAAGAGCUGUCCACCAGAAGUUAUCACCCACUACAGUACUCUGGGUGCAUCUGUUUUAGGACCUUUUAAAACAUAUCCUUGUGACCUAACUGGUAAAGAAGCAGCAGAAUUAAUUUUGUAAUAAAAUACAAAUGCUAAAAAAUAGCUUACUGAAUGCAUUCAGUGGUAUAAGUUUAAAAUUUCUCCCUUAUACUUUCAAAGUUUUGUAUGUAAUCCUCAUACUUAAGUCAAACUAAAACCUUUCAACUUGCCAGUUCACAAGGCUUACAUGAUACUCAAAAGUUAUUUCCACUUAAUAAAAUGUCUAACCAAGAACUUUUGCUAUUUAGAGACUAAGACUCAUUCAGAAAAGAUCUAACAGACAAUCCUUAAAGGCCGGGAGGCUAGGGCUUUGACAUCUGAGUGAAAAACAAAACAUAAUCAAGGGAUAUAAGGCUAAUAAAGGUAUUUACUGAGAAUAAUAGUGCUUUAAGAUUAUGACUUACGAGGCUCAGAAUACCACCCAAUAGCAUAAAUGACAACCAAAGGCGGCAGGUUGUGCACUCAAUCACUGCAAGUUGUGCACUCAAUACAGGAGAUUCAAGAAUGAUACCAUUAGCCAUUCAUCCAGCCAGAGGGAAGACAGAAGAGGCCCAAUUAAUCUGUAUGUGGCAACAGAAGAUGGAAAAUCUUUCUCAGAAGGGAUGGAUGACGGAUACAUAAGGGAUUCAUUAUACUAUUAUUUAUACUGUGUAUAAUAAUUAUAUAUUAUUUACAUAAUAAUUUUAUAUAACAAUUGUUUAAAUGGUAAAAUUCUCAGACUACAGCCCCCCAGGCUAAACUAGAAUGAACCCUAGGAUUAGCCCCUUCACUCUUUUAGAUGGUCCUUCCUUAUUGUUCUGACACAGGGUUGCAGGAAGGAUAAAUACUAGGAAUAUAAGUAUGAACAAAGCACUUUCCCCACCCUUGCAGAUCUUACAAUGUAGCAAUUACAGAAGGGCAGGGAUAAACAGAGGACCCUGGCGAUUAGUCUGAUAGUGAUUAUACACUUUCUUCCCUGACCUGCAGAGCUAGAAAGACUCUGAGCAGUGGUCCAACAGAAACCCAGAGAAGGAGGAAGAUCUGGUCUGCAGCGCCAGUUGUCAGAUUACCUCCUUAUUCCAGUUUCUGCCUCCCAGGCCAUUGUCUAGCCCAGCAGAUGGCCCUCCAGAGCCUUAGGAGUGAGUGCUAAAAGCCAUACGCUUAUUCAUUAGGAUGCGGAUAACAGGGUCUGAGAUUUUGUGGUUUGGGGCCAAGGUUAAGUUCUACUGACUCAACCACAGGAAAGGAAUCCUGUUGCCUAUUAAUUUUCACCAUCACUGGUACUGAUAACAUAGUAGUUAACAGCCAAUAUACAUGACAUCUGUGCCAGGACCUAUCAAU